CAGAACCUAUCUCUGCCAGACAGCCAGCUCUACGACCCCACGUCCACAAGCAGCCCGAGAAGACCACCCGAGUCCGGACUGUCCUUAAUGAAAAACAGCUUCACACCUUGAGGACCUGCUACGCUGCCAAUCCCAGACCUGACGCCCUCAUGAAAGAGCAACUGGUAGAAAUGACUGGCCUCAGCCCGAGGGUCAUCAGGGUUUGGUUUCAAAACAAGCGGUGCAAGGACAAAAAAAGGAGCAUUAUGAUGAAGCAACUCCAGCAGCAGCAACCGAAUGACAAAACUAAUAUCCAAGGGAUGACAGGAACUCCAAUGGUGGCUGCUAGUCCGGAGAGGCAUGACGGAGGUUUACAGGCGAACCCAGUGGAGGUGCAAAGUUACCAGCCGCCCUGGAAAGUACUGAGUGACUUCGCAUUGCAGAGUGACAUAGACCAACCUGCUUUUCAGCAACUAGUUAAUUUUUCAGAAGGAGGACCCGGUUCCAAUUCUACUGGAAGUGAAGUAGCAUCAAUGUCCUCUCAGCUGCCAGAUACACCAAACAGCAUGGUAGCCAGUCCUAUUGAGGCAUGAGGAACACUUAUUCAGAUUUCUGUUGUUGUUGUUUCUGCCCUUACCGUCACCCUGUUGGAGAGAGUGGGAAAGUGAUCGCAGUGUGACUCCGAAAUUUAGGGGGAAAAAGUAUUUAAACACCCUGUAAGGAACCUAGCAAGAAACUACUCCAUGAAAUGAACGGAGUAAUGUUUGAAAAGACAAGGUAAUAUGGUAGCAACACUGUGAAGACAAUCAUGGGAUCUUACUAGAAUAAAUACUAAAAAACCCCAACCACACAACAAAAAAAACCCCGUGCUAUUCAAUGGUCAGAGGAGGAUCAAAAGGACGUUUUCAAAAUGUAAAGGAUUUGUACUCAUGGAUCUUAAAGAAAAAAAAAAAAUCCAUUUGACUGCACAUCUUAGGGAGAAAACAAGGUAGAGGGACUUCCUAUCUAGUCUCUCCCAAUCCUAAUGGUGCUGUUUCUAUAUUGGUGAUUGCCUUGCCAAAAGAAGCUCCAGUAGGUUUUCCAUCAUCAGGAAAGAGACGAUUUAGCCCUGCAUUGUUGAAAGCUUCAUUGCAGGAAGGUGGAGCUGCAUUGGUUUGCAAUGUGGUUUUCAGUUGACUCUUAAUAAGGGGUUGUUUCUUGGGUCUCUUCUAGCAUGUACUGUAGCGAGGUUUUGGUUUUGUUUGGUUGAGAUCCACCCUCUAUCAAGUCUGAAGCGAUUAAAACCAGUUUUUUGAAUUCCUCUUUAAAAAACAAUUUAUAAAAGCAUUGCAACAAGGUAUACCUCUAUUUUGCCACAAAGCGUAUCGGGAUUGUGUUUGAAAUGUGUCCGUCCAAGAACCUUCCCCUCCCCCAAAGACGUGUAUAGUCAUUGGUUGAACCGACUGUUUCUCUCUCUCUCUUUCUCUUUCUCUCUCUUUCUCU